AUGAUAGCAUAUCAUAGUCUGAUUAUACUGCUUCUGUUAAAUCGAUCGAACUGUCUAGAAUUUACAAUCGGUGCAUUGUUAAGUGAUGAUGAGGUUAUUUCUAGUUUUAAAAGGAUGGUUUCAUCCGUCAGGGAUAGCGUUUAUGAUGAUGCAAUCACUUUCAAAGCUGCUGGAGAGACUCUUGCUCUAAAUGCUCUUAAAGCGACGAAUCAGGUCUGUAACCUGUUCAAUUCUUCUGAGGGUCGAAUGUUUGCUCUAAUAAUCUCCCAUCCAAAUGGAGCACCUGGAUCUGCACCUUUAUCCGUAUCAUUUACCUGUGCAUUUUAUCAUCUACCGGUCAUUGGAGUUAGUGCAAGGCACUCAAUUUUCAGUGACAAGUACAGCCAUGGUAGCUUUCUCCGUACAGUUCCACCAUUCAGCAAUGAAGCAUCUGUUUGGGUUGAUUUAAUAAAAGCGUUUGGUUGGCGCGAAGUCUGUGUAAUUCAUUCAGAUGACCAUGAUGCCAAAAAAGUGUUAUCGUACUUAGAGUCCGCUUCUCAGAAAGGAAUAGACUUCAAGAUUACUCGUCAAGUUGCUAUCAAUACAGAUGAAGAGGAUGCUGCUCAAAUGAAGGAUUUUAUCAGUCUCUUGCAACCAGUUCGAAACGAACAAACACGAGUUAUUUUGCUGUUUUUACGCCGCAAGUUUGCAGAGUAUGUGUUUUUGGCCGCACGUAAACUGGGCAUGCUGGAAGCAGAAUGGGCUUGGAUUGUCACUGAACAGGCUUUGGAUGCUUCAAAUAUACCAAAUGGUGUGAUUGGUGUCCGGUUACUUCAAGUUACCGAACUAGAUCACGUUGCCGAUGCAGUCAGAAUCGCCACACAGAGCAUUCUUCACUUAGUUCGUACUGAUUAUGAUGCGAUGAAACAUCUUAACUCAGUUAAAGCAUGUAGUGAUAAUCCUUCAGAAAUUCAAUCAAAAUCAAAGCUACCUGGUAAAUCGACUUAUAUGUGGAAGGAUUACGCAACCAAACUCUUCCGAGACAUGUUAGCAAUGAAUUUAACUGAUGGUCGAACUGGUCAUUUGGAAUUGAUGAAUAUGGUGAUCGACAUAAAUAAUUUAUCUGCACAAAAAUCAUUUGAGUUUGAACGGCCAACAUUAGUUUCUGUUGGAAGUUACGGUUUACAUCAACCAACCCCUAUGGAAUGGUUAUCUGAUGAACCUCAUCCUUCUCUGUUGUCAAUCAAUUUAAGUAAAUUAAUUUGGCCAGGUAAUAGUAUUGUAAAACGUCAACAAUUGGUAUGUAUACAGCGUGCUAAUGAUGGAAAAUGUCAAAAAACUGAAAAACGACUGGUACAUGCAGCACCGAUUAGUUUUAAAAAGAAAACACAUUUAAAAGUUGUAACUAUUGAAAGUAUACCAUUCGUACAAACUCGUCCAAAAUUAACUGAUAAGUGUAAUGAAUCUGAUGAUCCCUUAGUUUUUAAAACUGAAAUUGAAUGUACUCAUACUGACCCGACUACUGGCGUCAAGAAACAUUAUUGCUGUUAUGGUUAUUGUAUUGAUCUUCUCCGAUUAUUGGCUAAUAGGACUGGACUAGAAUUAACUUCUACACCAUUCACAUAUGAUUUACAUUUAGUCGGUGAUGGACAAAUAGGUGAUGUUGAUGAAAAUGAAACACAUAAAUGGACUGGUAUUAUUGGUGAAAUUUUGUCUGGUACAGCUGACCUAGCUGUUGCACCAGUCUCUAUUACACCAGAAAGAGCUGCACGAGUUGAAUUCACUAAGCCAUUCAAAUAUUUGGGAAUAACUAUUCUAGUGAAACGAGAACGUGCUCGAUCCAAUCUUGGUUCAUUCCUUCAACCUUUUGAAAGUUCACUAUGGGUUCUUGUAGCCUUGUCUGUACAUGUUGUCGCUUUUGUGUUAUAUUUGCUCGAUCACUUUUCACCAUUUAGUCGAACAAACUCUGAUCUUGAUAUGUCUGUCGAUGGAAGUGGCAGUCAUUCGACUUUACGCCAGUUUGAUAAUGAAAAACAAACUAAUGACAAAAAUACACUAACUCUAACUCACCUGCGACAACAACAACAAAAAGAAGACGAAGAAGGUAUGAAUUUAAGUAGUGCAGUUUACUUUGCUUGGGCUGUAUUAUUAAAUUCUGGGAUCGGUGAAGGUACUCCACAUUCAUUUAGUGCUCGUGUUCUUGGAAUGGUAUGGGCUGGAUUCGCUAUGAUAAUAGUAGCUAGUUAUACAGCCAAUUUAGCUGCAUUUCUUGUUUUGGAUAGACCUGAAGCGUCUAUUUCUGGAAUUGAUGACGUUCGACUUCGCAAUCCUCAAAAAGAUUUUCUAUUUGCAACGAUUCGUGGUAGUCCUGUAGAAAUGUAUUUUAAACGACAAGUUGAAUUCGCUACAAUGUAUCGUGUAAUGGAAACAAAUAAUUAUGAUUCAGUAGAAGAAGCAAUUCAAGCCAUUAAAUCCGGCUCACUUAAAGCUUUCAUAUGGGAUUCAGCAAGAUUAAAUUAUGAAGUUUCCAUUGAUUGUGAAUUGAUUACUGCUGGUGAGGUGUUUGGUCGUAAUAGUUAUGGCUUAGUAAUGAAAAAAAAUAAUCCCUGGUUAUACGAAUUGUCACAAGCAGUGUUAAAUUUUCAUGAAAGAGGUAUAAUGGAAACAUUGGAUACCAAAUGGAUACAUAUCAAAUCCAAUAACUGUGAACGAACUGAAUCAAGUCCAGCAACUUUAGGUUUAACCAAUAUGGCUGGUGUAUUUAUCAUGAUUGGUAUGGGGUUAGUAGCUGGGGCUAUACUGACAUUUGUUGAGGUAUUGUGUACGAAACGUAAAUGUGAACAAAAGAAAAAACAUGAACUAUCCACUUCAACAAUACAACAAUGGCGAGAUGCUGUGCAGAAGCGUCAAAAUGAUGAAAGAUAUUUUCUGAACACUCUGGAUAAACAAAUGCAAUUAUGUCACAAUACAGAAAUAUCCUUUGACGAUGUCAUUCACCACUCAGUUGCUGUUGAUAAAAAUAAUUUAGACUCAUCUGCUAUUUAUUGUACUAAUAUGAAAGAUAAACAAUCAAAUAAUCCCAAGCCUAAUCUUUCAAUGAAUAUGAAGGGAAAAUAUUCAGUUAUAGAAGAUGAUUUAUUGUCCACUAAAGGUCGAAUAACUCGUAAGCGUAAAGCUAGUGAUUAUAGCUGUGAUGAUGAUGAUGAUGGUGACAAUGAUGCGUUAGACAGUUCACUAUCUUUUGAUAUGCAAACCUCAAAAAAUAAUUUGAAACAAAUAGGCGAAAAGUAUUGUGUUACUACUUAUCGUUGCGAUCAAGUUAACAAUCAUGAGAAUAAUGAUAAAGUUGAUCUGGAACAAGAGGAAAACCAGGUAGGACAGGAGGGUUAUGAAGAAGAAGAAGAAGAAGAGUUUAGUGAACUUAUUCAACGCUCUGGUACUUUUACUGCUAAUGAUAAUAUGAACAGUAUCAAUCAUUACCAAAGAUCAAAUAUUAUUUCAGCUGUUUAACACUUUUCAGGACAAAAUAGAUACAAUUAUAAAAAACAAUCAAUUAUUUGAAUUCAUGAAUUAUUCUUCGCAUGAACUUAUUAUCA